AUGCUCAACGGUGCCGCAGUUAUGGACGCUGCGCUUCUCCUCAUUGCUGGUAAUGAGACAUGCCCCCAACCACAAACAUCAGAGCAUCUGGCCGCCGUGGAAAUCAUGAAGCUUGAAAAUAUCAUCAUUUUGCAGAAUAAAGUCGACCUGAUCAAAGAAGCAGCAGCACUGGAGCACAUGAAGAGCAUCUCUGCAUUCGUCAAAGGCACUGUGGCUGAAUCUUCACCCAUCGUCCCCAUAUCCGCUCAAUUAAAAUAUAACAUCGAUGCCGUCAAUGAAUACAUUGUUAAGCGUAUACCCAUCCCUGUCCGCGACUUUACCACCGACCCGCGACUAAUUGUCAUACGUUCCUUCGAUGUCAACAAGCCUGGUGCAGAGGUAGAUGAAUUAAAGGGCGGCGUUGCCGGUGGCUCCAUCCUCACGGGGGUCCUGCAUCUGGGCCAAGAAGUGGAAAUCCGGCCAGGCGUUGUCACAAAGGAUGAGCAGGGCCGGAACAGGUGUAAACCAAUCUUCAGUCGCAUCGUCUCUCUACACGCCGAGAGCAAUCACCUGCAAUUCGCUGUACCUGGCGGUUUGAUUGGUGUAGGCACUCGCAUUGAUCCCACCCUUUGCCGUGCGGAUCGUCUUGUCGGCCAGGUGUUGGGUGCUGUCGGCAAGCUCCCUCAAAUCUACAGCGAGCUUGAAAUCAGUCUGUUCUUGCUUCGACGACUGCUUGGUGUCAAGACGGAGGACAAGAAGCAGACUAAAGUCACAAAACUCACCAAGGGCGAGCUCCUUCUCAUAAACAUUGGUUCUACCUCCACCGGUGGCCGCGUCCUCACUGUCAAGGCAGAUCUAGCUAAAAUUGUGCUUACUUCACCGGCCUGCACAGAAGUGGGCGAGAAGGUGGCUCUGUCGCGUCGUAUUGAGAAGCAUUGGCGAUUAGUCGGCUGGGGUAGUGUUCAGCGCGGAACUGUGGUCGAGGUUGAUUGA